GAUGUUGACGUUUGUAUGUCAAAAUAAAAACACGCUGAUUUCUUCACGUGCAGUAUCGAGUGCCUAAUAACUUUGCAAAAUGAAUCUUUAAUAUUUAAGAAAUAAGUAACAAUGGUGUCUACUAAAGAAAUGGAAGACCAUCUUCCGGGCUUUGAUGCCCCGGAGGAAGGCGAAAAUCAAAAUGAAAGUCAAACUAACAAAAAGAAAAAGAAGGCAUCUGGUGGUUUCCAGUCCAUGGGAUUAAGUUUCCCAAUCAUAAAAGGUAUAACUAAAAGAGGAUAUAAGCAACCAACACCUAUCCAACGAAAGACUAUUCCUAUAGCCCUAACUGGAAAAGACUUGGUUGCUAUGGCUCGAACAGGGUCAGGUAAGACGGCUUGCUUUGUCUUGCCAAUGUUGGAGAAACUACUGUCGCCAAACGCAAAGCCUCUGCCUGGCAAGAACUUUAGAGGCUUGAUACUAUCACCAACAAGGGAAUUGGCAUUACAGACCUUAAAAUUUGUGAGGGAGCUUGGAAAGUUCACUGGUCUGACAUCAGCUGCUAUCCUCGGAGGAGAGUCAAUAGAACAACAGUUCAGUGUGAUGUCAGGCACAGCUCCAGAUAUAGUUGUGGCUACACCUGGAAGAUUCCUGCACAUCUGCAUUGAAAUGAGCUUGAAAUUAGAUAAUAUUAAGGUCAUAGUCUUCGACGAAGCCGACCGCCUUUUCGAACUUGGUUUUGGUGAGCAACUCCGAGAAAUAGUCGCCCGGUUACCAUCAACCCGUCAAACACUAUUAUUCUCUGCAACACUCCCAAAAAUGCUCGUAGAAUUCGCUCGAGCGGGUCUAACUGACCCUAUGCUUGUCAGAUUGGAUGUUGACUGGAAGUUACCAUCCACUUUAUGGCUUGGAUGGAUAGCGGUCAGGGCUGAGUUAAAGACAGCGGCAUUGUUGAUACUUUUGGACAAAGUGUUGACGCCGAAAACUCCGCAAGCCGUCGUCUUUGCGGCAACGAAGCAUCAUGUCGAACAUUUGCAUCUGAUACUCCAACAAGCUGGUAUAACAUCAACAUACGCGUACUCCGGCCUCGACCCCUCCGCUCGUAAGAUCGCGCUCGGUCGCUUCACCAACAAGAAGUGUUCGGUGCUCAUUGUUACUGACGUAGCUGCUCGAGGGUUGGAUCUCCCAGCUCUAGACACUGUCAUUAACUACAACUUCCCUGCAAAACCGAAGCUGUUCGUGCAUAGAGUUGGUCGCAGUGCCCGUGCCGGCCGCGCAGGACGAGCAUUCUCCCUCAUAGCGGCGGAAGACGUCGCACAUCUCUUAGACCUCCAACUAUUCCUGGGAGCAGAGCUAAUAUACCCGUCUCAAGUGUUGGAGCGCGGGUCUGCCUGCCCCAGCGGCGUGUGGGGCGCUAUACCUACCUCCCAGUUGGAGCUCAGGCAUCAAGAUGUUAGAGCCUGGGAGAAGAAUUACUCGGAAAUUGAAGACGCAGCCCGAGUGUGCGCCCGCGGUUGGAUGCAAUACAUAAAAUGGCGAGAGCCAGCGUCGGCUGAAGCCAACAAACGCGCCAAGACCACUCAGUUCCCCGUACUCACACAUCCGUUCUUAGAUGACGAGAGCGACAGUGCUGCCGUCAAUAUGAUAGAACAAAUUAAGAACUAUACUCCUAAAGGGACUAUCCUAGAGCUUUCGACUAAGAACGAUUCGCCGAUGUAUUUAGCUAUGCAGAAAAAGAAACAGGUUCAUGGAAAGACUGUACAAAAAGUUCGUGAAAUCAAGAAAUUGAAGGCUGAAGGUGCUCUAGAUGAUACAAGUAAUGUAAAGUCCAGCCGGCCUCCGAACCAACCGCCGAGGAAAAAGAAGAAGGAAGUGGUUCGUGAUGAAAACUAUAUAUCGCACUUCGCUAGCGAUCAACACACUGAAAUGGGUAUGGCGGUGAACUUCUCUGCGGGCGCGGAGGCGGCGUCGCUGGAGCUGGGCGCGGACAGCGGCGACGCGGCGCGCGCGCACUCGCACGCGCUGCGCUGGGACCGCAAGCGGAAGAAGAUGGUGCAUGUCGACCCCGACGGCGGUCGUAAGAUGAUUCGUACGGAGAGCGGUGGUCGCGUGCCGGCGUCAUACCGCAGUGGACGAUACGACGAGUGGCGCAAACGAAACGCUGCGGACGCGGGUUCUGAUGAUGAACACCAAGAUAAGAAUAGAAAGAAGGCUGCAUCGGAGUUCAGACCCCACUGGGUGAAACACAACGAACGUGUCGCCAAAAAAUCAUCAGAGGCCAAAUCUAAAGAGUUCAAGAACAAACAGCAAAUCGUUAAGGAGAGGAUACGCAAAGAAAAGAUUAAGCAGAAGCUUAAGUUUAAGAUGAACAAGAAAAAGAAGAAGAAGAAGUAGCUUUACAAUAAAUUGUUUGUAUCGAUUA